AUGAUGGAGAAGAUGAAGGAGAAAGGCACCAAGCAAAUGGAGGAUGAGCAGUUGCAGUUUGCCGAGUUCCGGCAAUUCUGCGAGCUCACCCUCGACGAGAAGGAGCGAUCCAUCAGUGAUGCCACCGACAAGAUUGAGACUCUCCAGGCGCAGAUCGCGGCCGCUGGGGCCGAUGCCGAACGCCUGGAGGCGGAGGCCGCGCAGCACCAGGCGGACGCGGAGACGGCCACGAAGGAGCAGGCCAACACCACGGAGGUGCGCGAGAAGGAACGCUCGGAUUUCCAGACAACCCUUCAGGACUACACCGAGUCCAUUGAUGCCAUCGGGCGAGCGAUGAAGUCGCUGAAGGAGGAUAAGGACAAGAAGGUGUCCUUGCUGGAGCUCACCACGGCCAAGAGCUUGAAGCGGAUGCCCAGCGAUGCGGUGGAUCAGAUCGAUGCCUACUUGCGCACGGCGCAAACGACCGGCUCAGACGAGAAAGAGGAGAGCUUGAUCAUGCAGGGAGCUGAGCAGGCUCCGAAGCCCAAGACCUAUGAGUUUCAGUCCGACGGUGUCAUCAGCAUGCUGGAGAGCCUUCAGGACAAGUUUGUAGAUGAGCGCACCGCUCUGGAGUCCGAGGAGCAGGCGAAGAAGCACGCCUAUGCACUGCUGGUGCAACGGUUGGAAACACAAGCAACACAGUCCAAGAAGGAGCAGCAAGAGAAGACUCAAUUCAAAACCAAGAAGCUCCAGUCCAAGGCCUCCGACUCGGCGGACUUGGAGGAGACCCGCGCGGCCAAGGCCUCGGACGUGAAGUACGCCACAGAUCUGAAAGCCACCUGCGAGAAGAAAGAGGCCGCCUAUCAGCAACGUCAAGAGACCCGGAAGGAGGAGCUGGAAGCCAUCGCCAAGGCCCAAGAGAUCAUCUCCAGCGGCACUGUGGCGGGGAACGCUGACAAGCACUUACCGGGACUUUUGCAGCGCUCCAAGUUGACGGCCUUGGCCUUCUUGCGGGCGGAGCACGCAGCCCAUCGGGGCCAGGACCAGGUGGCCCGCUUCUUGCAACGGAAGGCCGACCAGCUCAAGAGCCGCAUGCUCUCGGCAUUGGCGGUGCGCGUCUCCGCCGACCCGUUGUCUAAGGUCAAAACGAUGAUCGAGCAGUUGAUGGAGAAGUUGACCCAGCAGGCAAAGGAAGAAAACACCAAAUCAGCGUGGUGCGAGACAGAGCUCGCGAGCAACAAGCAGACUCGCGAGACCAAGACAGAUGCCGUGGACUCCCUCCAAGCGGAGAUCGACCAGUUGAAGGCCUCCAUCGCCAAGUUGGGCGACGAGACCACCACUUUGUCCAAGGAGCUGACGGAGCUGGAUGAGGCGAUGACCAAAGCCACCGCCUUGCGACAGAAGGAGACGGAGAAGAACUCCUUGACCAUUGCAGAUGCCAAAGAGGCACAGGAGGCCGUCGCCCAGGCCUUGCAGGUGCUCAAGGACUUCUACGCGAAGGCCUCCGGCGCCACGGCUUUGCUGCAAAGGUCUUCGGCGCCCGAUGUCUUCGGAGACGAGCCCUACACGGGCAUGGGCUCUGAGGGAGGCGGCGUCGUCGGCAUGAUGGAGGUCGUCGAGAGCGACUUCGCGCGCUUGGAGGCGGAGACCACCUCGGCAGAAGAGGCGUCCAAGAAGGCCGCGACCUGGGGUGCGGGUUGCUAG